ACGGGUUUUACGGAAGCAGAAGGGUAUAUAGGCUAGUCAUACAUCUACCUGAGUCGAUCUACCAAGCCGGAUGACAACGCGAUAUGGAGAUUCUGAGCAUACCACUCGGGGAAAAGGCACUGUAUCAUAAGGUGUAUGAGGGGAACAAAUUUCCAGAUAUUUGUCCCGGAAAUGUAGCUGACCAUUUGGAAAAGAUCAGGAACAUGGAAUGUCGUCAUGACGAUGUAUUUAUCAUGUCAUAUCCUCGAAGUGGUACACACUGGAUUCGGGAAAUCGUCGCCAUGUUGAUGAAAGGCAAGGCGGAAUACAUAGUGAACGACAAUAUCGACUUCCCUAUCGAGCUUUUGGAUAUGCACACAAUCGUAAAUGAACCCUCACCGCGGGUUUUCUAUUCACAUAUGCCUUUCCGGUAUUUGCCGCGAGAUCAUUUAGCGAGAAAUGGAAAAGUGAUCGGAUGUUUCCGUAACCCGAAGGAUGUUAUGACGUCAGCUUUCCAUUUCUUCAACAACAUUUCUUUUCAGGUUGAAUGGGAAACCUACUUCAAUGUUUUAUUGGAAGGAAAUGGUCCAUACGGUUGUUGGUUUGCAUGGAGAGACCAAUGGGGACGUGUUUUGGAUGACCAGACUGAAGUUCCACCCCUCACAGUUACAUACGAGGAUACCAGCAGGAAUUUAGAACGACAGGUGCAAAAAAUCGCUGACUAUCUAGGAGUUCCAUACACCGAAAACUUGAUAACAGACAUCACACAUGCAUGCGAGUUCAACAAUAUGAAAUCAGCAAAGACCCAAACCAAAUCCAAUAUGAUGAAGAGGAUAAAAGAUGCCGUUCAAGAUUUAGAAACUUCUACAUCCGAAGACGUCAACAGAAACAGAGGAGGGCACAAUACAAUUAUUCGGAAAGGGACAGUUGGUGACUGGAAAACACUUUUUACGAAAGAACAGAAACAAAGAUUCAACACAGUGUAUAGAAAUAAGACAUUGCCAGGCAUUCGGUUAGAUUUCAAAGGCUACAUAGAAGAUGCCUGAUAGACUAAACAUUCAAAAACUAAUUCAGAUUGUUUACGUGUGUGUUUAUUAACAUAUAUUGGUAAACAGUUUUUCAUCUCUUUUUCUUGGUUUCGGAUUUCUUAAUAUUGUUUACCGUUAAUCACAGACGUCUCUGGUAAGGCACUGUAAAUGAUGUUUUCAAAUUGUAUCGUUUCGCUAUUUUGGAGGAUACAAUGAAACCUCGGUAAAUAUAUACAUUAAAUAACAACAGAGAAAAUAUUGGUUCGAUUCACAAUUUCCUAAAAAGCACAAAACAGUUACACUGUACAGUGUACAUCAUUCUAUUGAAAUCUGAUGGUAACUUGAACCAACCAUAAACAAACUAACUAUUUCUAUCUUCACAAAUUCAUAUCCUCAGGUCAUACAGAGAUUAAUAAGCAAAAAUCUGUUGUGUUUUUUUUUUUUUUACAAAAUCAAAUGAUAUAAAGAUUAUGCGACACACAAAGUUAAAAAAAAGUUAAAACACACCAGUAUAGACAAGGAAGGCGGUAUAUGCUGUCAUUCUACUUUACCCUCUGCAUAACAUUGUCAAAUUAAUCUCGAACAUGUUAACAUUUUAAUUAUUCGAAAUGACAAUGUUACUGUAAUACAUAUUCCAAUUGUCUUAUGUUCUUAUGUGAGUAACCUUGCAUUGAUUUAACCAAAGGCGAAUAAAAUCACACAGAGGCUAGACUGUAUUAGCUUGUUAGAAUAUCUUUAUGGAGUAGAUUGAACACAUCUGGUAAAAAAUCAAUGUAUUUUACGUCCUAACCUAUCACGGAAAUCAUGUAAUUUAUUUUUGCAUUUUGUUUUGACGCGUCAUUUAAUGUCCCUGUAAACAAUCGUGUUAAUCACUUAUCUUAUUGUAAUUACAUCAUUUGAAUUUAUUAUUUUUAUUGUUCCUUUGCAACGACUCACCCUCAAAGAUUUUAUACGACUUCAUUUCAUUUCUUGCAUACUUGUUUAUUAUUGAUGAUUUUUUCAAAUUAUGAAUUACAUGUAAAGUAAAAACAGAUACAACUUGAAAUAAUGAUGACAUCAAAGGCAUUCAUUAUUUUUUCAUAAAGACAAAGAUGUAAGCCUUCCCUUCAAAUAAGAUUUAAAUAGGAGUAUAUGCCUCAAUGAAUAGUGUGUAAUACAGGUGAGGUCCGCCACCUGUUUUAUAACACAAUCGAAUUGAUAGGGUGAUACCGAUGUUUGAUGCCUUCAGUAAAAUAUGACUACAUUCUAUUUACGAAACCAUCUUCACUCUUCAUCAGAGAGUGAACGUGACAUGCAUAUGUCUAGGCAGACAUAUACAAACAAGUUAAGAUAUGACACAUUUUUGGACAAAUACGAGUCAUAUGAUAUCUCUUAGUGUAGUAGACCGUAUGCAGGUGUUUUACAAGAUACAUAUCAAAUCAUGUUGAUGUUUCCGAUGCUGCAUUCUUAGGCUGUAUAAUAUGUUUUAGUUCUCCGAAGUCUCAAACCACGUAUUCCAGUCUCAAGCGAUCUAUUCCAGCCUCAAUUAAGCGAUAUAUUCCAGUCUCAAUUAAGCGAUCUUUCCCAGCUUCAAUUAGGCGAUCCAUUCCAGUCUCAAGCGACCUAUUCAAAUCACAAUGACAAAGACAAUGACAAAGAUUUUAUUCUCAUAAACAUAUUGAGUGUAGAGAAUUACAUGUAAAAAAACCCAGCCUCAAUCGACCUAUUCCAGUCUCACGCGGUCUAUUAAAACUGACUAUGUUGUCUAUCGUCGUGCGUCGUCCGUCGUGCGUCGUGCGUCGUCCGUCGUGCAUCUGCAACAAUUUACAUGUUCGACUUCUCCGAAAUCCCUGAACCAAUUUCAAUUAUAUUUUGCGGAAACCUUCCAUGUCCGAAGGUCAGUCAAAAUUGUGAAUUGUACGGAUCCAAUCCAGAGGCCAUUUGACUGAAAAUUCAAAAAUCCUCUUCUCAAGACCCAGAUAUACCAAACCUUCUUCUUAAAUGGAGGGGUCGUAAGGUGCUUUAUCAGCCCUUGCGGACCCCCAGGGGCUAUUGGAUGGAGCUAAAAAGGGUCAAAUUACCUAGAUAUAAUAAAAAUGAAAUACUGUUCAUAAAUUGAAGGGUAUUAAUGUGCUUUAACAAAGUUGUGAAUUUAUGGACUCUGGGGUAUCCCGUUUCCUCCUGAGAUGAGGUAAGCUUUACAAUGGAAUGGUUUACACAUACCGGCCCUGACUGACCCUAAUCGGUCUGAGGUUCAGGGCUCAAAAUGGUCUGAUAAUCUGUUAGCUAGAUAUUGGAUAAGACAGUUUCAUUGUGGUUUGAAACAUUGAAUAAUAUUUAUUUUGUUCAUGCUUUGAAAACAAAAAAUCAUAAUCCGUAUAUACAUAUUAAAACUCGGGUGACCGUUAAGGCCUAAACAAAUUGGCUAAUUCUGAGCCAAGCAUGUAUGUGAUGAGUAAAAAACUGAAACAUUGUCAAAUGCUUAUUGCGUUCAGAGGGAUUAUUGCGCAAAAGAUGUCAAGCACCAACAAUUUGUUCGAUAUAGCCAAGCUAUGAUAUUCCUGGGUACAGGGACCCAAGAAUUUGUCAAUACGCAUAGAUUUUUAAAAAAUCUCAGGUCCCUGUGCUCCUGGGUGCUUUUGAUUUAUGAUUUAAACAUACGUCCACUUGAUACUGUUCUGAUGAGUAUAUGUAUGGACGGAUACAUAUUGUUACAUAUAUCUUCUUGUAUAUUUUCUAAAGAUACCACAUGCUGUGUAUUAUCGGCGUUCCUUAUUCCUUGAUUUACAUCAAAGAUUCAAAUGGUAUACUAUUACUGUAUUUUAUAUUCAUUUUCUGUUUUCCACAGAAAAAAUAAAGUUACAUAUAUA